CUUCCAUAGGUUGCAUGCAAAUUAAUUGUCACAUUUCUUCAAUACCAAUUUCUUACAAUCUUAUCAGUUUCAUAUUAGUUGUUAAUUUGUUUGUCCUUAAUGGCCAACGUUAGAGGUACUCCAAGGUAUGGAGUAAUAAGACCUGUGGCACGCCCUUCUGUUGUUGAAGAUAUUGUACCUAAUUCUGCAUGGACAGAGGACUCUGCUGCCCAUUAUCUUGUAGUGGAUCUUCCUGAAUUUGUGAAGGAAGAUGUGAAGCUUCAGGUUGAUAGCAGUGGCCGUAUUGUUGUCAAGGGAGAAAGGCAAGCAAGUGAGCAGAAACGUGUUCGUUUUCACCUGAGUUUUCCAGAACCAAAUGAUUCUGAGAUUGAUAACAUAGCCGGAAAAUUCGAUGGGGGAAUCCUUUACGUGACUCUCCCCAAGCGAAUUGUACAAGAGAAUAAUAAAGAAAGCGACACUGAGAAAGCUGGAAUCCAUGAUGUUAAAAGAGCAGAAGAAAUUGAUAGCCAUACAACCAAUGCAGAUGAUGACAGUAGAGAUCAUAAUCAACAUGUUGGUCAUGUAGAACGCGAAGAUGAUCAUAAUCAACACGUUGGUCGUGUAGAACACGAAGAUGAUCAUAAUCAACAUGUUCGUCAUGUAGAACACGAAGAUGAUCAUAAUCAACAUGUUGGUCAUGAAGAACAUGAACAUAAACAAAUUGAAAAUGCACACAUGAGAGAUUUUUCUGAACAAGUAAUGAGGAAGUGGGAUCAAGAAACCAUGUUAAGAAGUGCAUUGGAUGUUUUGAUGAAAAACAAAGGAAUUGUUGCAACAGCUGUUAUAGCCUUCUCCUUGGGGAUGUAUGUAUCUAGCAAAUUUCAAUUUUCAGAAGCACCAUAAGUAGUCCUUUGACCUGCAUCAAUUAAUAUAUAUUCACCACUUCAAGUCAAAAGUUCCUUUCAAAUGUAUCUAUAGAACAUCAACAAAGUAUCAUACAUAUAUUCAAACUUUAAAUAUAUAUUUUAUGUAUCUUGUUUGUUUCCAAUCUUCACAUCUACAUCCAUAAUAUGAUAUAAUUUUAUGUCA